AUGGCGCCAGAAGGUGACGGCCAUGGCGCUUGCGAGCUGCUGGCUAAGGUCGCUACCGGGGUCUUUCCCGUCAUCAUGCGAUGUGGCAUUCAGCAGCGGGAGCGCGUUGCGGGGGAGGUGGGAACGAGGCUUGGUCAGAUUGCCCAAGAGCCGCUCCGGGGCUAUGAGACAGACCAGGAAGCCGAAGGUGCUGCCACAGCUCUAUUGCAUACGCUGCUGAUGAUCUGCAAGUUCCCAGACCCAGUCGGAAGGCAAACUACAGCAUGGGAAUGCUAUUCCAGCAUUCUCGGGCUUCUCAGGCCCGAGAACAAGACCAAGUUGAACAAAUCUGUCCUUCUCUACUUCAAAAUGGGGCCCGGUUAUAGUAGCCAAGCAAAAGAUCAGUGCGACAGAUUCUUUGCCAGGCUUAGUGACGAAGAGUCCAACAAAAAGACGGCGGCUGAUCAGAUUUUGGGAGGGUCACGGAUGCCAGAACCCAGCGACUACCCACGACAUGUCAACGAGAACUUGUUUCAAAUCCUUCACCAGCAUUCGGCCUGCCGACACGAUCGGCCCGGGAACCUGAAAUCUCAAUCGCGUGAGGAUGAUCACCUGCUCUCUCAUCCUGCGAGGCUUUAUCUGGAUGGAAACCCGCAGAUCCAGAGCAAACACGCACAGUUUGAGCUGGUGGUUUCAACAGCCGAUAUGAAUUACUGGCAGGAUCUUUGGGUUGGAGUGCCUAUACAAACUAAAACUCGAAAGCGUCUUGUCGGUUUCAAUCUUGGCAGAGAUGUGAGCAGCGAUGAGGAUGAAGAAGGCAGCGACGAAGCCUUAGGCCUCGACCAAGUCAGCCCAGAUUACUUCUGCCAAAUCCUGAGAGACCCUUCGUUUGCCAAGUUGAGAGUCCGAUUCAUUCAAGGCCUUGGGCUCGCCUCACUUCGCCCGCCAGCCGCGCUUGAGCGCUUCCUCUGUCCUGGACAGGGUCUGCCACUAUGCACAACUGUGGAGAGCUACAAACUAAGAGACAAAGACAAGAUUAUACUUGCCCACGCUAUCGCGCACUCAUUCUGGCAGUUUUAUGGAUCAGAUCUGAUGCAAGAGCGGUGGACAAGCCGCAAUAUUUGGUUCAUGCAAGAAACUGAUGAGCAGCAACACCCGAAGGAUCAGCUCGCGUUGAGAGCUUACAUGUCCCUUGACUUCAACGGCCAGAAUAGUGUUGAUGAAAGUAUGGACAACCCGAUGGUUACACAUCCGUUCCCUCACAUCCUGGCACUUGCCAUCGUCUUACUGGAAAUUGGCCUCAGACGGCCUUUCAAGUCGAUGGAUCAUCUACCACUCGCAUCUCGGUUGAAUCGAGAUCAUGGGGCUGCAAAUCAGCUGCUUAAUGAACUUGAAAGAAGCCAUUGGGCGAGCUCCACGCAGCGGGACAUCUUCACUAAAGUUGUCGCAAACUGUUUAGAUCAACGGCUCUUCUCUAUCGACCAAACAUCCAAAAGCAAGAAGGCCAAGAGCUCAAAAGAAGUUGCUACGAGUACCAGAGUUGGCGGUGGGGAGUUCCAAGUGGAUGAGCGAAGACGGCGGAUCUACGCCAAAGUUGUCGAACCUUUGGCCAGGCUUGUCAAUAUCGCCUUCAAGAACGACCCAAAGUGUAUAUCAUACCUGAAAAGAUGCAGAGAGGCCGAAGCAUCUCAGCAGCAGCUCCGACCGCCAGUGGCAUCCUUCCAUGCCGGCAAGGCGAUCGUUGCCCGUGAGUGGCUGGACAAUUUGAAACACAUAAGUCGGCACAUCAUGAUGCUACGGCGACAAAAACCGGAUAAUGCCUUUGCACCUGUCAAGAUUGCCAUUCUGGACACUGGCUAUGAUGCCAAGUUGCCCUUCUUUAGCCAGGCGGCCAGAGCAAAAUGCAUUCGUGGAUGGAGAGACUUUGUAGGAGAUGGACAAGCGUCUGAAACUGGUGAUACGACAAGAAGAGACGAUUACGGACAUGGUAGUUUGAUGGCUCGUCUUGCUAUGGAAUCGGCUCCACUAGCGAAUCUAUACAUUGCACGGGUCGCCAAGGACAGCAGGGGGCUCUCUUUGGGCAGCAAGUCCAUUACAGAGGCAAUCCGCUGGGCUGGCCUUGAAGAGGAGGUGGAUGUCAUUUCCAUGUCCUUUGGCUUUCCCGACGAUGAUGAAGACAUCGCUAAAGCCAUUGAAGACGUCGAACGAGAGAGAAACGUCGUCUUCUUAGCCAGUGCUGGCAACAACGCGGCCUACCAAGCCGAAUCAUUCCCUGCCCGACACAGAUCCGUCAUCUCCAUCAGAGCAACAAACUGCGACGGCACUUUUAGUGCCAGCAAUCCACCUAUAAUUGAUCGCUACUCCAGCUCCGUUCUCGGUACAUUUGGAGGCGACCUACCGGAUAACAUCCAUAAGGAAAUAACAGGGCGUUUCGGGCCCUCCAUCUGCCAAACUGGAUCAUCCAUUGCCACAGCAGUUGCUGCUGGCAUCGCGGCAUCCACAAUUGCCUACGCAGAGGCAUUGUCCUCUGUUUUACCUAUACCCAAAGAACAAAGCCCAGUUCAGAGCUUGAAGAAGACACAAGGCAUGAUGAGGAUGUUGGAGAAGAUGGCUCCAGAGCAGACGGGUCAUCAUAAGUUUGUGAACCCCAUCUGGUUCUGGAGCGAAAAGUCGGAUCCAUGGAAGGCCUGGGCUGCCAUGUACGAUUCUGUCUCACAACUCAUGUAUAGAAGUUAG